AGUUACAUCAUUACGUGACUGAAGUCCGGUGCGGCGAGAGGGUGACAGGAAGAGCUAAGGCGACCCAAGGAGAAAGACUAAAGCGUGGGGAAGAAUUGAGGAAGUUAAGAUACAGAAGAGUCCAUCAUGAGUGCUUUGUGCUUGGCAUCGAGGUUCUGUAGGGGUUUGAAGGUAUCUUACAUCCGCCCGGCUCUUGCAAGGACAACCGUGACAGUCGCAGCUGAGACAACCCAGAAAGUGGCCAUCGAAGAGAUUCCAGCAGUAGGGAAGAAAUGGGUUGGGCGAUGGCUCUUUGGCUGCUCAGGGAUGGUCUUUGGGGCUGUCGUUAUAGGAGGCCUGACACGCUUGACAGAGUCAGGCUUAUCAAUGACAGACUGGCAUUUAUUUGGUAAACGACCUCCCAUGACUGAGGCAGAAUGGGAGCGGGAAUUUGCCCAGUAUCAAGAAUUCCCUGAAUACAAAUUGAAAAACCAGGGAAUGAGCCUUUCAGAGUUCAAAUUCAUAUGGUGGAUGGAAUACGGACACAGGCAGUGGGGUCGCACUAUUGGCACCUUCUUCUUGUUGCCUGCUGCUUACUUCUGGCACAAGGGUUGGUUUACACGUUUGUUGAAGAAGAGAGUGCUGGUUUGUGGGGCUCUAAUUGGCUGCCAGGGCCUCCUGGGCUGGUACAUGGUCAAAUCCGGUUUAGAAGAUCGCUUCAAGGACCCUUCUGAUGUGCCCCGAGUGUCCCAAUACCGCUUAAUGUCCCACCUGGGUAUGGCUUUCAUCCUCUACAGUCUCUUCCUGUGGAAUGCCCUUGAUGUCACCUAUCCAGCACAAAAACUCAAGCAAGUUACUGCUCAGGCACUGAAGUACCGCAAGUUUGCCCAUAUUACCAAAGGAUGGGUGUUCCUCACAGCCCUCUCAGGUGCCCUAGUAGCUGGCCUGGAUGCAGGUUUGGUGUACAACUCCUUCCCCAAAUUUGCUGACAGGUGGAUCCCUAGCGAUAUUCUGGCAUUCUCACCUGCCCUGCGAAACUUCACUGAGAAUCCCACCACUGUGCAAUUUGACCACAGGAUCCUGGGAACAGUUGCCCUGGGACUGGCAACAACUGCGAUGAUUUGGUCAAGACGACUGAUGCUUCCUCCCAGGGCCUACAAUGCAGCAGCAGCUCUUGGUGGCAUGGCUUGGAUGCAGGUUGGCCUUGGCAUCUCCACCCUCUUGCUUUAUGUUCCCACUGGUUUGGCUGCCAUGCACCAGUCUGGCUCACUACUUACUCUCACCUUUGCCAUCUGGCUCUCACAUGAGCUCAAGCACCUCAAGAAGUUACCCAAGUAAAAGUUUGGACAGAGCUGUAUGAUCUGGAUCUUCAAGAGGUGAACAGAUACUUGUUUUAUUCAUAAAGAUGGUUACCACCACCAUUGACCUAUUGAAGUUAUGUAUGUUGAGUGAUUCAACAAUGUUACUUUUGAUGAUAGUCAUUCUCCUUCUCAGAUUGUUUAAGAAGUUCUCAAAGAACUCAAGAUGUUCUGUGAUAGAAAAGGAAUUCAUUCCUAUCAGUACAUAAGAUGUGUCAUGAUAUGAUGAUGAACUGUUGCAGAAAGUAGUGCAGCACAAUUUGGCCAUGGAAGCAUUGUGUAUGAAUAGCUUAAAUCCUGAAUACCAUGGGCACCGAGGGGCUUUGUAGUGACUUGAUAGGUCAGCCAUAUAAGGGUCAUUGAUGUUAUUGGAUGUGUCUAGAAGUAAUUUGAGAUCUUGUAUGAGUAACAGUUUUAACUACUCUUUUCAAAGAGGAAAUUGUAGAUAUUUUCGUCAGUCCAAAGAUCUUAUAUUUCCUUUAUAAUGAUAUGAUAUAAAAUUUGGAAAUUAUUAAGAUCUUGUGUGUUUAGACUUUCAGUUAAACUGUCUGCAGUCAUCAUCAAACAAUUAUUUAAUUAGGCAUUAGGAUAUAUUGUAUUUAUUUUAUUUUAAUGUUUUUGUAAAUCAAUGUUUGUUUGUGAAUUCACUGAUUUCCAGUAUUAUUGAAAAGCUUGAAGACUGGUAUUUCAUUUCAAAAUUUCAUUCAGAUAAAUCUGGUCAAAAUAUCUUUCAUGCUCCCAAAUAAUGUAAUGAUUCUUACCAUAAAUGGAUAUUUCCAGAUAUAAUUUGUACAUAGUAAAUUUUGUAUAUAUGAAGUGUUUAUAUAAUAAAUAUACAAAAAUA